UCUCGCGUGAUCGCAAUGCAUCGCUGCUGUAGCGGGUGCAUGCACAUCAAAGUCCUGGGUAUGGCAGAGCUGAUGCGUGUAUGAGCCGAGCAGGAUCGAUCGAUCGAUGCAGAUCUAAUCAUGUCAAGCGGACAGGACGAGAGCGCAGUGCGCGUGGCGCUCAGGAUUCGUCCUCAGCUGGCAAAGGAAAAGAUUGAGGGAUGUCACAUCUGCACGUUUGUGACCCCUGGCGAACCCCAGGUGGUUCUGGGAAAGGACAAGGCCUUCACGUAUGACUAUGUGUUUGACGUGGACUCGACGCAGGACACCAUCUAUGCCAACUGCACUGAGAAACUCAUCGAAGGAUGUUUUGAGGGUUAUAAUGCCACUAUUUUUGCCUACGGACAGACAGGUUCGGGGAAGACGUAUACGAUGGGCACGGGCUUUGACGUGACCAUAUCAGACGAGGAGCUGGGCAUCAUCCCGCGGGCGGUCGGUCACCUCUUUAAAGGCAUCGAGCAGAGACGGCAGACGGCCGCAGAUCAGGGUCGACCCGUCCCAGAGUUCAAGAUCCGCGCACNCUUCUCUCAGUUGUAUAAUGAGGAGGUGUUGGAUCUUUUCGACACCACACGUGACAUUGAGAUGAGGAAGCAGAAAUCUCACAUUAAAAUCCACGAGGACGCCAGCGGCAGCAUCUACACUGUAGGCGUGACAACACGCACAGUCUCCUCAGAGGCGGAAAUGAUGCAGUGUUUGAAGCUGGGCGCUCUCUGCCGCACCACUGCUAGCACUCAGAUGAAUGUACAGAGCUCUCGAUCUCACGCCAUCUUCACCAUUCACAUCUGCCAAGUGCGUGUUUGUGCACCCGCAGAAAGCCCCCCAGAGCAGGACAAUGAAACCGACAAUCAACUGGCCAACAGCUCGUCUGAGAUGGAAGAGUUUGAAACCCUCACAGCCAAGUUUCACUUCGUGGAUCUGGCUGGAUCAGAGAGACUCAAGAGGACGGGGGCCACAGGGGACCGAGCCAAAGAGGGCAUCUCCAUUAACUGUGGAUUGCUGGCAUUAGGGAAUGUCAUCAGUGCUUUAGGAGACAGAAGCAAACGAUCAACGCAUGUGCCUUACCGAGACUCCAAACUCACUCGCCUUCUGCAGGAUUCAUUGGGAGGAAACAGUCGAACAGUGAUGAUCUCCUGCACCAGCCCAUCAGAUCAGGACUUCAUGGAAACCCUAAACACACUGAAGUACGCUAACAGAGCUCGCAACAUCAAGAACAAGGUGGUGGUGAACCAAGACAAGGCCAGCCAGCAGAUCAGUGCACUCAGGACGGAGAUCGCCCGACUGCAGAUGGACCUCAUGGAGUACAGAACGGGGAAGCGUAUGGUCGGAGAGGAUGGGCUGGAAAGCAUCAACGACAUGUUCCAUGAGAACUCAAUGCUGCAGAUAGAGAACAAUAAUCUGCGCAUGCGUGUGAAGGCCAUGCAGGAAGCCAUCGAUGCUCAGGGUGCUCGGCUCACGCAGCUGCUCAGUGAACAGGCCAAUCAGGUGCUCUCCAGAGCAGGUGAAGGCAGUGAGGAGAUUGGAAAUAUGAUUCAGAAUUACAUCAAGGAGAUUGAGGAUCUGAGAGCCAAACUUCUGGAGAGUGAAGCAGUGAAUGAAAACCUGAGGAGAAACCUCACACGAGUGUCCAGCCGUCCUCUGUUUUACGGAUCGUCUGGAACAUUCUCUCCAGCCCUGCUGGGGCCCGACCCGAGCCAAGAGACCUCCGACAUCAUUGAGAUCGCCAAGAAAGAUCUGGAGAAACUGAAGAGGAAGGAGAAGAAGAAAAAGAAGAGACUCCAGCAGCUGCUGAGUGACAAGCGAGAGGAGGAUGAGGAGGAAGAGGUGGAGGAAGACAGUGCCAACAGAGAUGAAACACAUGACGGCGAACAGAAGAUUAGCGAGAGAGAGCGGUUAGAAUCCACCAAUCAAGAGCCAGAGAUGGAGGCCAGUGACCGUGAGGAGGGGGAUGGAGAGGAAGACGAGGAGGAAGUUGAGGAAGAGGAAAUGGAUGCAGAGGAGAGCUCAGAUGAGUCUGACUCUGACCUGGAUGAGCAGGAGGACUUCCAGGCAGAUCUGGCCAACAUCACGUGUGAGAUCGCCAUCAAGCAGAAGCUGAUCGAUGAGCUUGAGAACAGUCAGAGACGUCUGCACACGCUCAAACAACAGUAUGAGCAGAAACUCAUGAUGCUGCAGAGCAAAAUCAGAGACACGCAGCUGGAGCGAGACCGUGUGCUGCACAACAUGGGCUCUGUGGAGUCAUGCUCUGAGGACAAGACCAAACGGAUAAAAGCAGAGUAUGAGAAGAAACUCAGCGUCAUGAACAAAGAGCUCCAGAAACUACAGGCGGCUCAGAAGGAACACGCUCGUCUACUGAAGAACCAGUCACAGUACGAGAAGCAACUGAAGAAACUACAGCUGGAUCUGGCGGAUAUGAAGAAAACCAAAGUGCGUCUGAUGAAGCAGAUGAAGGAGCAGCAGGAGAAGAGCAGGAUGGCCGAAUCCCGCAGGAACCGAGAGAUCGCCACACUUAAGAAGGACCAGCGCAAACAAGAGCAUCAGCUAAAACUGCUUGAAGCUCAAAAGAGACAACAGGAACUUAUACUGCGCAGGAAGACUGAGGAGGUGACCUCUCUGAGGAGACAGGUGCGACCCAUAUCAGGAAAGGUCACACGAAAGGUGAACCUGCUGGAGGCAAGCCAGGACCUCUCUCACAGACCACCUGCAGGUCGCACAUACUCGGCCUCAGGAGCACCUAAUGGAGCCAGAUUGUACCAUCGCAGGCCGGUUGGGGCGUACUCUACCCGAGUGGCUCGUGGGAAAUGGCAGAGUCUGGAACGCCGUGUCUCAGAUAUUAUCAUGCAACGCAUGACCAUUUCCAACAUGGAGACCGACAUGAAUCGUCUUCUAAAGCAACGUGAAGAGCUAACGCGCCGACGGGAUAAGAUCGGCAGAAAGAGAGAGAGACUGCUGGCAGAAGAACCGGAGGUAGAAAAAGACGUUCAGUCUCUGAAUGAGGAGCUGGAGUCUCUGCUGGCCAACAUCGACUACAUCAACGACAGCAUCUCUGACUGCCAGGCCAACAUCAUGCAGAUGGAGGAAGCCAAGGAGGAGGGUGAUGCUGUUGAUGUCUCGGCUGUGGUUGGCUCCUGCACUCUGUCUGAAACUCGAUUCCUACUGGAUCAUUUUAUGUCCAUGGCUAUCAACAAGGGUCUGCAGGCUGCUCAGAAGGAAUCUCAGAUAAAGGUGUUGGAAGGGCGUCUCAAGCAAACUGAGAUCAACAGUGCCACCCAAAACCAGCUGCUCUUCCACAUGCUGAAAGAGAAGGCAGAGUUUAACCCAGAACUGGAUGCGUUGUUGGGGAACGCUCUGCAAGAGCUAGGUAACAUGCCCUUGGAAAAUGGUGAUGACAGUAGUAGCGACGAGUCGACCCUAAGUCCUGCAGUGGAAGGAAACACCCUGGCCUCAGACCUCAUGAAGUUAUGUGGCGAGACUAAAUCUAGGACUAAGGCCCGAAGAAGGACCACUACUCAGAUGGAGUUACUCUAUGUAAACAACUGUGACUCUGGCCCCGACACACCAACAAGAGACUUCUCCGUCCCUCUACACCCAAUGGCUGAGACAUCUGAGGGAGCUGGAGACCUGGAGUCAGCUGGAAAUACAGUCAGAGAUCGGGACUACAUGCUCCCUACUGCUGGCUUGUCCUCUAGAAUGGGCAAAGUAGCAGAUAUGUCUUUUAUUAUGCAUGCUGGCCAUUUUAUCCUGGAACCAUCCCCUCUGUCUCACAGGAAGACUUAUGACAGGGGACAAGCCCUGGCUGACAAGACCAAAGCCAAAGAGAUCACACAAGGUGUCAUCAACCCUGUUCCUGUGUCGAAGAGCAGUCGUGGUGGCUCACUGCAGUGUAUUCAUAUAGCCGAAGGUCACAGUAAAGCUGUACUGUGUGUCGACUCCACAGAUGACCUCCUCUUCACCGGGUCAAAAGACCGGACUUGUAAGGUGUGGAACCUGGUCACGGGACAGGAGAUCGUGUCUCUAGGCGGCCACCCCAACAAUGUGGUAUCAGUGCGUUACAGCUACAGCUUGGUGUUCACAGUCUCCACCUGCUACAUCAAAGUCUGGGACAUCCGUGACUCCGCAAAGUGCAUCCGGACACUCACAUCAUCGGGUCUGGUGAACACUGGUGACACAUGUGCAGCCAGUACGAACCGCACCGUGACCAUCCCGGCCGGCGAGAACCAGAUCAACCAGAUCUUUCUGAACCCGUCUGGAACUGUUCUCUAUGCUGCCGCAGGCAACUCUGUUCGUGUGUGGGACCUGAGACGAUUUGUGUGUACGGGGAAACUGAUGGGUCAUCUGGGUCCGGUCAUGUGCUUGACUGUUGAUCAGACUGGGAAUGGACAGGAUCUAGUUAUCACGGGCUCCAAGGAUCACUACAUCAAGAUGUUUGAUGUGACAGAGGGUGCUGUGGGUAGUAUCAGCCCCACUCAUAACUUCGAGCCGCCCCACUACGAUGGCAUCGAGUCCCUGGUGGUUCAGGGAGAUUGUCUGUUUAGCGGCUCCAGAGACAAUGGCAUUAAGAAAUGGGACCUGACCCGCAAGGACCUACAGCAGCAGGUACCCAACGCUCAUCGUGACUGGGUUUGUGCUCUGGGCGUCGUGCCGGCGUCUCCCAUGCUUUUGAGCGGCUGUAGAGGAGGAGUUCUCAAACUCUGGCACACGGACACGCUGAGUCCGCUGGGGGAACUCAGAGGCCACGAGAGCCCCAUCAACAGCAUCUCUACCAACAGCAGCCAUCUGUUUACUGCAUCAGAUGACCGCACAGUGAAGAUCUGGCGUGCCAGAGGAAGUCUGGAUGGCGCUGCAGAUGUGGCCGAUGCGAUCGACGAGGCCGUCAGUAACUGAAGACUCCUUCAAUGCCAACUCAACUGCAGUGUUACCAUGGUACCGCAGCUGCCAAAGACAUUUGCACUUUGACCCCACUAAUAAAAUCCAGUUGACAUCCACCACACACAUCCUAACAGAAUCUACUCAAAUCGGAAUCUUCUCACUAUGGUUCCUUUGGACGUUUCCCAGAGUUCAUUGCGUCUUUAGUGAUGCCCCACAAUUAGGCAAAGUCAACGUCACAUGCUAAAUAAAGCUCUUUGUCCUUACAAUAACCAUGUCAGCUGGGUUGAUUCUAGCAAUCAAGAAGAUGGCGGUGGAAACAGUCAUGUUGAUGUAGAGUUCUGUAGGACGUUUGAGGAAGAGGAACCGGAUCUCCUGUAGCUGGCUUCAGUUUUCUGGUUCAUGGGGCAUUAUGGAGCACUAGAGAGUCUAAGGACUAACUGGGUCAAUCUCACUAUAACAUAUCCAGGUCAUAGUUCACCUCAAAAUAUUACAAAAGUAAUUUUGCAUGAAGGCUAUUUAAAAUUACAAUGAUUAAAAAUACAAUAAUACGUUUUUUUUUUUUUUUUUGCAUUAUGCCAAUUAUGCAUAUUUCCCCCCACAAUUCUUAUUACUAUAAUAGAAAAUAAAAUCUAAUUGUCAUUACCUUGUGCAUACCUAUC